CGACAACACUGGAUAGCACACAUUACAGCUGACGACGAAAGCAACAGCUGACGAAGCAGCAAGACGAAGCGAACAAGCAAUACUUCGUGCGUAUGGAAUAGAAAAUUGGAAAAAAGGGCAACUGCACAGUGAAAAAGUGAUGGAAAAAUGUGGUUUUUAAGCGAGUAAUUGCGUAGCAGUUAAAACCCAGUUCAAUAAAAUACGAAUAUAAAUAAUUCAACGCACAAAUAAGCUAUGAAAUUGCUGCCAAAAUUUCUUAUUCUUCGUCGUUGUUGCUAUCGCAUUUCGUAUUGAGCUGACAGAAGCCAAGAAGCAGAUGACAGAUGCAAAACUAAAAUCUACGUGCAAAUUUGUGAAAUUCAUUGAAGAUUAAGAUAACAAACGAAUGCUGAGGCAUUGGUGCAAAUAAUUCUAAUUAUACAACAGCCCAACUGUGUUCCCCUCAAAGGCCGAAACUGGUUAUACACACAGCGACGACAACGACAGCGACGACGACGACGACGGCAGCGACGGCGACGACAACGGCAACGAAGGAACGGGAGCAGCAGCAGCAGCAGCAGCGAAAGGCAGUUCGUCGCAGCGGAGAGUGAGGGCAAUGGAAAAAAUCAAACUAAAGGUUAUUGGCGUGCUGCGCGAGCGCGACGGUGGCACGAAUGUGAAUCGCAGCAGUGGCGUCUCUGCUGGCGUUGGCAGUCAUCAGGUGGGCGUGGGCGUGGCCGUUGCAAUUGGGGUCACGCAGGACAAUGGCAAUGGCAACGAUAACGGCAACGCCCCUGGACCAGAACGAAACGAUGCACAUGCACUAAGUGCAGUCGGUGGCGGCGGUGCAGUUACCGGAGCGGGGGGUGCGGCACGCACCUCGGUCCUCUCCCGGCCGCAAACAUCAAAAAUCAGCGCACUUGAUCUGGCAGGCAUAUUGAACACGAAGCGGCGACUCGAAUGGACCAAGGAGUGGCUGCGAAAGAACCAAUCCGAAUUUCUCAGCAAGGAAAAUCUGCUCAGCGAGCUGCAGUCACGCAAGGACGAGUGCUACCAUUUGAAUUACUUCCUAGCCAUAACUGAGAGCCAGUUUCGAUAUCUGGUACAGAAACUGGAGCCCAUCAUUAGCCAGUAUGCGCCUCAGCGCAAAAAGAAAUCCUUCAGCGCCGAGGAGCGUCUGGCCAUAACGCUCAAGUAUUUGGCAACGGGUGAAGUGCAUUCUUGUCGAAACUACUGCUUCCGUGCCUCCAAAUUUGUGAUAAACGAAAUGAUUGCCAAUAUCUGUCUGGGCUUCUACGAGCACCUCAAGGACCAAUACGUGACACUACCAAAGACUGAUGAGCAGUGGCGCAACGCGGCCACGGACAUGGAGCGCAAACACAACCUGCCCCAGUGCGUGGGUAAUCUGUUUAUGCGCAGCAUUCAGCUGCAGAACAGCGUCAGCAACGACGAUCGCAAGCGUGCGGCCGUCAUCUUUACGGCCAUUGUGGAUGCGGACAACAAUUUCCAGUAUGCGAAGGUGGAACGUGCGGCGAACAGUCGGCCAAAUGAUAUAUACAACCAGACCACUGCCGUUGAGCUAAUCGAGCACAAGAUGCUGGCGUUAGAGGCACAAUCGGAGCCGCAUCGCAAGGGCUACUAUCUGGCCGGUGAUGCAGUGCUGCCCAGCACAUCCUAUUUGAUCAGUACGCGCAAUUUGGCCAAGGAGAGCCCCGCGUACGCUGCGCUUGAACAGAUUAAUGCUCAUGCUGAGCAAACGAUGCGUAUAUUGUGCAAUAUAUUUCCCAUACUGGCGCAACCACUGCGCGUCAGCGAGAAGCACAUCGGGGAGGUGGUGCUAGGCUGUGUGGCAUUAUAUAAUUUCCUGCGGAAGACAGACGAUUCAUUUCGGCGCAACAGCGACAGCAUAGUGCAGCAGCGAGGCGGCAUGGAGCAGCAGCAGCCCGCCUAUGUGGACAGCGAGGACAUCGACGAGGACUGCAUAAUGCUGGCCACCGAGGAGGAGCUGCGCGAACGAGCCGAGUUUACGCCUAGCGUUGGACUGACCACCUGCUUUCAGACGUUGAGCGCACAGCGUGGUGAUACGCCCGAGGGCCAAGCCAAGCGAGACUGGCUGCUCCAGCUGCCAAUAGUUGGGGCACAACAGCAAAAUGGCAAUGCCACCGCGAACGGGGGUAUAUAUUAGUGCAAUUUUACCUAAGUACUUUACGAAUUUUGUAUAGUUCCUUGUUUUCUAUUUUCUAAAUCAUAAUCUAUAUCUUAUAUAUGAAUUGGCA